AUGACCACCCAUACCCAGAUACUCGAGGGCGUAAAGGAGUCUACAGAGGCCAAUAGCCGCCUUGUACGAAAGAAGCAAAAUACACCGUCUGUCAGCGUUCGUGGCCAGGUUGCCGGCAUUCACAACAAACUCGACCAGCUAAGCUCUCCCGUCGCAAAUAUCCAGCUUGCUUUCAGACGCCUUCCCGCCGACGCAUUCAACCCGAUUCAAACCUCUAACAACCUAUCAUACUGUCGUAAAAUUAGCUCCAGCUGCAAACUCGAGUACGCUUACGGCAAGUCAACCCAAAUUGCGGCUCAGACGGAAGCUCCCCCGGCCCCCGCUGCACAAUGGCCAGACAAUUUUCACGCCCGCGAGGGCGCGACUCAGUCUUUCUCCCUUUCUGUCAGGUCCAAUGACGCCCCCGACACCAUACCCGUCGACGCGACGCACCUGGAGACCGUGGACCAUAACGGCCGACAGUACCAACGCUAUGCGGUGGAAAAUGGCAUAUAUUUUGCUCCAGUCGAUGAAGACGAAGUUGAGCGCCUCAGCUACAUGCACCGCGUCUUUGAAGCGAUGUUCGAUAACAGACUCAUAUUCCCUCCUGUGCCACGUCCGCGAAGAAUACUAGACUGCGGCUAUGGAUGUGGGUCGUGGGCAAUAGGUGUCGCCGAGCAGUACCCCAAUUGCGAGGUUAUUGGAAUAGAUGUGUACCCGUACCCGAUUCCAAAUGUUCUUCCUCCCAAUCUGGAUCUGCAAGUGGACGACCUCAAUAGCCCCUCAACCUUCCCGGCCAACCACUUUGAUAUGGUGCACAGCAGAAUGAUGUCAGGCGGUAUCCAUUCAAACCGUUGGGCCGGCUACAUGAAAGACAUAUUACGCGUCCUACGGCCAGGGGGCUGGUGUCAGAUGGUUGAAGUCUAUUUCAAUGCCCAAUCUGAUAACGGAACACUAACUAAGAAUCACGCGCUGCAAGUGUGGUCUCAGAGAUAUCUAGAAAGUACGCAACCGUACAAAGAUCCUCGGGCGCCACUCCGCUUGCGGAGCCGGAUGACUGAGGCAGGAUUCGUCGAGGUCGAGUCACGUUUAAUCACAUUGCCCCUGUGCGGCUGGUCCAAUGAUGCCCGAGACAGGGCGGUCGGCGAUGCAAACCGACUGAACACGCAGCGCCUCCUGUCCUCGCUAGCGGAAUACCCAUUGUCAACGAUGCUGGGCAUGUCGAGCACAGAUAUUGCUCUCCUCGUAGCCCAAGCCCGCGCUGAAGCUGACAACCCAGCUUUCAUGGUAAUUAUGGAUUAA